AUCUAAUUAAAAAAACUGAAUUGAAAAAUUGUUUACUCGGUUUCCAUGACUCUGUGACAUUUUGAGAGAGUUAACUGUUUUCAAUGAAAACAACACAUGUUGACACCUUUCAAGGAUGGGUCAAUUUUAAUCAAAGUGAAAUUAUAUGUUGAAUUUGACAAUAAAAUGGCUAGUCUAACCAUCAAAAUCAACCUCAGCAAUCAAACAAGUUUCAUUUAUCCUCAAAACAAUGGAGUGUGAUGAAGUCAGGUUUCAAGAAGUGACCAGAAAGGGAAUAAUAGGACGGCAAUUCUGUUGAUGUGAUUCAAUCCUAAACCCUGUUGUUAUAUUUAUCCAUUUGCUUUCCUUUCUUGGCUGGGCGUAAUAUAUUUGGAUGGUGCGUUUCACAUCACAAAAGAUAGCUGAUGGUAAAAAAAGACAGAAUGGAUCAGAAGCUUAUUAAGUCCAGAUUAAUUUCGAUUAAUGGCAAAAACUGGAACAAUUCAAGUUUCAAUGUAAAGGGGAAAGAAGGAGAAGAUAACCGUUAGAGGAGGGAAAAGAGGAGAGAGAGAGUGUGUGAGAUGGAAGAAGAAAGAGGGAGAAAGGAUCAUGUGGUAAAAGAAAGAGACAGAAGGAGGGAUAAUCAUCAUCAGACAGAAAAGGAUCCUCAUCAUCGAAUCUCAGCUUCAACUUGAUCAUUUAACUGUAACUUCAUUUUACUAUCAGCAUCCUGUUUCUAAACUGCCAAUCUAUUUCUCUCGCGUCAUCUUCAUCAUCUUCAUCAACAUCAUCAUCUGGUUCAUCAUUCAUUACACCGGUGUCUUCAAGUUCAGUUUCCACUUUUCUCAACACUCUUCACUUGAAAAACUAUCAAAUCUCGCAACUGAACAACACUUUUGUGCUAAACAAAAUCUUCACCUUCAUCAUCUUCACCAUUUCCCUCUCCUAAACACUUAUACUUAACCAUUGUAUACAUUCAUCUUUACCUUUGUCCUGGUGCUUUGUGACUGUGUUAAUAUGUCCUCAUCAUCAACAACAGAGUCUAAUCAACAAUCAGCCAAGACAAUUUUAUCCCGAUCAAAUGAAGUCUCCAGGCGAGUCAAAGUUUCACUGGCAUCACAGACCAGUAAAGAGUUUCUUGCAGAGAUGAUUGGUACCUUUUUCAUAGUUGUUCUUGGUGAUGCAGCCACAGCAGCAUAUAAAUUACGGACUCAACAAGGAGAUAGAUUUGAUUACAUGGCUGUUAAUUUUUGCUUUGCCACUGGAGUAUUAAUUGGAGUUUCAGCGACCAUUUCAGUUUCAGGAGCACAUUUGAAUCCCGCGGUUACAACAGCAAUGGCUGCUAUUGGUAAAUUCAAAUGGUCUAAAGUCUGGUAUUACUUGCUGGCUCAGUAUGUUGGCGGGAUCUUAGCUUCAGCAGUAGUUUAUCUUGAUCAUUUUGAAGCAAUUGAACAUUUUGACCCAAGUCAUCAAGCAAAUAUAACUGGUGAAAUAUUUGCCACUUAUCCAGCUCGAUUUGUGACCAUUCCUGGAGCCUUCGUUGACCAGAUGAUUGGUACAUCGUUAUUAUUAUUUGGUAUUCUGGCUAUUUCUGAUGGUAUCAAGGCUCCUCUGAAGGCUCAACCUGCUCUCUUCGCUGUCAUCAUCACCGGAAUCCCUACAGCAUUUAAUUAUAAUUGUGGUGCCAUCCUGAAUCCCGCUCGAGAUUUUGCUCCUCGAUUGUUUUCUGCUCUUGUUAGAUACGGUUGGGAACCAUUCCAGUACACUUGUGGACAUUAUUGGUGGGGCGGAAUUGUUGGUCCACAUGUUGGUGGUAUUCUCGGUGCUUGGUUAUAUUUAUUAACAAUUGACCAUGAAGCUCUAAAAGAGACUACAAGUGGAGUCAAUUCAGUUCCAAAUUCAAGUGAAAUAAUUCAACAAGCUUCACCAAGUUCACAUUGGAUGCAUGAUAGCAAUAAUAAUAUGAAUAAUAAUCAGGAAAAGACUUUAACUAAGCGACAUUCAUACACUUCUAUUGAUGAAUUGUCCCAAGAAAUAAACUAUUCAGCUGAUGAAAGAACAGCUUUACUUGGAAAUCAGAUUAAUUAAGUUACGGCUCUGUUGGUCAUUCAAUUAAUUCCCUUAAAUAACAUCUAUUGGAGAGACAAUUUUAAUUUCCAGAAUUUGAACCAAACCAUUUGCAUGCUGUUGAUUCUAAUCAACCAAAUUAACCCAAAAUUUAUAAAUCCUUAAAUUUGCUUGCAUUAACACCAAUAAAAAGCUUACAAUUUGCUCCUUUUCA